AUGGCAAGAAAACCAGUCAUCGGCCUCCUGGGCGGAGGCCAGCUCGGCCGUAUGCUAUGCGAGGCGGCUGGCCCCCUUGGCAUUGAGAUUGCCAUUCUCGACGAGGCCAACUGCCCAGCCAAGCAGGCCAACCAGAACGCCAAGCACGUCACGGGCUCGUUCAAGGAUCCCGAGAAGAUCAGGGAGCUGGCUGUCAAAUGCGACGUUCUGACAGUUGAAAUUGAGCACAUCAAUACCGAUGUGCUGGAAGAGAUCGCUACCAAGGGUGUCACGGUGGCGCCAGGCGUCGUGAAGAAGGUUCCUGUGCACCCAUCGUGGGAGACACUUCGCCUCAUCCAGGACAAGUACCUGCAGAAGGAGCACUUUGGCAAGGCUGGCAUCCCUAUCGCGCCCCAGAUGGCCAUUGAGUCUGGCGCCUCCAUGCUGGACUCACUCCGCCAGGCGUACGAGAAGUUUGGCUUCCCCUUCAUGCUCAAGGCUCGCAAGGGUUCUUACGACGGCCGCGGCAACUUCAAGGUCAGCGGAGUCCAGGAUUUCGAGGAGGCCGUCACGGUCAUGGGCAAGCUGCCUCUGUACGCUGAGAAGUGGGUGCCCUUCGAGCUGGAGCUGGCCGUCAUGGUUGUGAGGACAGAGGACGAUGAUGGCCGGCUGAGGGACGUUCAUGCGUACCCUGCCGUCGAGACCAUCCACGAGGACAGCAUUUGCACCAAGGUCUUCUACCCUCCUCGCAACACCCCUGAGACUGUGUCCGAGAAGGCCAAACAGGUGGCUUCCGACGUCAUCAGGACACUGAAGGGCAGGGGUGUCUUCGCCGUCGAGAUGUUCCUCCUCGCUGAUGGCACCAUUACCGUCAACGAGGUUGCUCCCCGCCCUCACAACUCGGGCCACUACACCAUCGAGGCCGUCCCGUACAUGUCGCAGUACAAGGCCCAGGUGGCGUCCAUCCUCGACAUUAUCCCUCGCUCCAUUAAGCUCCAGCCCCGCGUCGCCGGUGCCGUCAUGCUCAACAUUCUCGGCGGCGCGCAAGAGGACUCACACGAUGCGCUCGUCGACCUCACCGAGUCCCUCUACGACGACGACAUGGACAUCUUCCUUCACCAAUACGGCAAGGCCUCCAAGCCCAGCCGCAAGAUCGGCCACAUCACGGCCACCUCCUACUCCCCGAGCACGAACCUCGAGCAGCUCGCCGCGCCGCUGAUCAAGGAGGUCGACCGCAUCCGCCAGGGCCGCAUCGACGCCGCCACCGCCGCCCUGCGUCCCUCCGAUGCGACACCCGCCCAGAACCCCGCCGUCGUCGCACCCGCCACCUCGUCCCGCGAUCCGGCGAACCCCCUCGUCGUCGUGACCAUGGGCUCCGACUCGGACCUCCCCGUCCUCAGGGCCGCGUUCGAGGUCCUCGAGCGCUUCGGCGUCCCCUACGACUUCACCAUCACGUCGGCCCACCGCACGCCCCACCGCAUGAUCGAGCUCGGCCGGUCGGCGGCGGCCCGCGGCGUGCGCGUCUUCAUCGCCGCAGCAGGCGGCGCCGCCCACCUGCCCGGCAUGCUGGCGUCCGAAACGACGGUGCCCGUCAUUGGCGUGCCCAUCAAGGCCACGCACCUCGACGGCCACGACAGCCUGCUCAGCAUCGUGCAGAUGCCGCGCGGCUGCCCCGUCGCCACGGUCGGCAUCAACAACUCGACCAACGCGGCGCUGCUGGCCGUCAAGAUCCUGGGCGCCGGCGAUGAGGGGUACAGGCAGGCCAUGGCGGAUUACAUGAAGGGCUUGAGCGAUGAGGUCGAGGCCAAGGCGGAGAAGCUGCAGUCGAUCGGGUGGAAGGCGUAUCUGGAGAAGAAGUAG